GUAUCAUAAAAUGUCUGUCGUCGUUCCAAAGGAUGUUCCUACAUUGGGUAUUUUAGUUGGUGGUGGUCCAGCCCCAGGUAUUAACGGAGUUAUCAGUUCUGUUACUAUUGAAGCAAUUAAUAAUGGAUAUCGUGUUUUGGGAUUCUUGGAAGGUUUUAAUUAUUUGAUUGCUCAAGAUGAUUCUAAAAUUGUUGAAUUGACCAUUGAUGCAGUUUCUCGUAUUCACUUUGAAGGUGGAAGUAUUUUGAAGACUUCACGUGCUAAUCCAACUAAGAAGGCUGAAGAUUUGACCAAGUGUGUCAAACAAUUACAAAAAUUCAAUGUUUCUCUUUUAGUUACAAUUGGUGGUGAUGAUACUGCAUUCAGUAGUAUGAGUAUUGCUAAGGCUGCUAAUAAUGAAAUUCACGUUUGUCACGUUCCAAAGACUAUUGAUAACGAUUUACCAUUGCCAUAUGGUAUUCCAACAUUUGGUUAUGAAACUGCUCGUGAAUUUGGUGCUUCUGUUGUUCGUAGUUUAAUGUCAGAUGCUCAAACUGCUUCACGUUAUUUCAUUGUUGUUGCUAUGGGUAGACAAGCUGGUCAUUUGGCUUUGGGUAUUGGUAAAUCUGCUGGUGCUCAUUUAACUUUAAUUCCAGAAGAAUUCACCAAUGAAGCUGGUGAAAUUCAAGUUACUUUUAAGAGAAUUUGUGAUCUUAUUGAAUCAAGUAUUAUUAAGAGAUUAGCUUUGGGUAAAGAUCAUGGUGUCAUUAUCUUGGCUGAAGGUUUAUUGGAAUACAUGUCAACUGAAGAAUUGAAACAAGCAUUCGGAAAUCAAUUGAAAUAUGAUGCUCACGAUCACAUUAUGUUGGCUGAAUUGGAUUUCGGACGUCUUGUUCGUGAUGAAAUGAGAGAUCGUGUCUCUAAACGUGGAUUGAAAUUUGCUUUCACUGAAAAGAAUUUGGGUUAUGAAUUGAGAUGUGUUUCUCCAAAUGCUUUUGAUCGUGAAUAUACUCGUGAUUUGGGUAAUGGCGCUGCUCGUUAUUUAUUAUCUGGUGGUAAUGGUGCUUUGAUUAGUGUUCAAGGUGAUAAGAUGGUUCCAAUGAAUUUCGAAGAUUUGAAGAAUCCAAAGACUGGUAAGACUCGUACUCGUCAAGUUGAUAUUAAGAGUGAAGGUUUCCAAGUUGCUAAGAGAUAUAUGAUUCGUUUGACUUCUAAGGAUUUGAAUGAUCAAGAAUUCCUUGCUCGUUUGGCUCAAGCUGCCAAGAUGUCUGUAACUGAAUUUGUUGAAACUUAUGGAUAUUUGGUUCAAUAAUUUGAAUAACUUGUAAAUAAUAAUAAUAAUAACAAUCAAUAACAUUUGAAAC